GACACUGCAGUCAGUCAGAACUCGCUGUGUAUGAGUUCAGUUCCUCUGCGCUGAUCAAGAUGAAGCUGUGUUUGAUCCUCGUCUGUGCAGCUGUUCUCCACACAGAGGCUAAAUUUCAGCACAAGGACAGCCAUAUAGUCCUGUGCUCUGAGACAGAUAAAGAGGUGUUGUACGGACUGGAUGGAGAAGAAAUGUGGCACGCCGACUUCAGUGAGGGGAAAGGAGUGAUUACCCUGCCAGAGUUUGCAGAUCCUUUCUCCUAUGCAGAGGGAACAUAUGAGAGCGCCGUUGCUGAGGCGGAAAUCUGUAAACAAAACUUGGACAUUAUUACAAAAGCUUACAAAUACCCUGCAGAACCAAAAGAUGCUCCUCAAAGCUCAAUCUACUCAGAGGACGAUGUGGAGCUGGGCUCUAAUAACACCCUCAUCUGCUACAUCACUGGAUUCUACCCAGCACACGUGAAAGUUUCAUGGACCAAGAACGAUAUAGAUGUGACGAGUGAAGCUUCCCUCAGCAGAUAUUACGUUACUGAUGAUGGAACCUUCAACCUGGUCUCUCGUCUGAGCUUCAUUCCAAAGAAGGACGAUAUCUACACCUGCACUGUGGACCAUGCAGCCCUGGACAGACCACUGACCAAAACAUGGGAUGUGCAGGUCCCUCCUCCCAGUCUGGGUCCGACUGUGUUCUGUGUAGCGGGUCUGGCUGCAGGACUGCUGGGAACCGCGGUUGGAAUCUUCUUCUUCAUCAAAGGAAGCCACAAAGGAAGCAGCAAAGGAAACUGCGGGAAACAGAGUCCAGACUUUGUGCGGUGGGCUUUACUCUCAGAGCAGAAGUUACUCGAGCUCCUCGGGAAAAAGAAGCUGGUUGGGAAAACGACGCCUCUGACUUUUAAAUGAUUGUUUCAGGUUUUACAGGGAGACUCGCAGCAGAGCACGCUCAUCAUAUUUCAGCCUGUUUUUAUUCCCCUCACUCUGUAAUGCUGCUUUUUACAGCUUUAACCAAAUCUUAAGUGAUGCUGUUUUAACAUACUUGAAUAUGAGACCAAAUAAAUUUGGAAAUGUUUAAAUAUGAAACUGAUUUGAUUGCAGACCAGAGUAAUCACUGCUGGAUUAUAUGAUAUGAAGCCUACAUAACAGAUUAUUUUAAUACACCAACAUUGUUUGGAAUCCAUGUUUUCAAAAAUAUAAAGCCUGUAAAAAAAACUGUA